CGGAGAGCCUCGAUGUGGCGGCUAUGCGCUACUUCUACAGCUUGAGGGAAGCGGUCUGGUUUACUGGCAGUGUGCCCCUCCCCCGCUCUCACACCCGAGGCUCUCCCGCAGAGAGAGCGAGAGGCCCGUCUUGGGCCUGACAAUGGUGUUCGCUCCGGCUCCCUCGGGCUCCAAUAUGGACGCGGCACCGAUUGCCAAUCGUAGCUGUUUUUUACCUGCACGGCAGUAGCUGUUGCUUGGGUGGGAAAAAUUGGCUAUUCGGAACACCACUCUUGCUUCUUUCCCCAUCUUCGUGCUCCAUCUUAAGGUUAUGGUGUCCUGGUCUGGCCUGAGACUCUGUCGGCAGUGGCAGUGCUUUAGAGGAAGGAGAUCCAUGGCUGCUGUGGUCUCUGGCAACAAGAGCUCUACACAGGUGAGGAAGAGGCUGAAGAAGGAGGUGGAGGAGAUGAAGACCCGUUUUCCAGGUUUCCGACCCGGUCUUGUAGUGCUGCAGGUGGGGGACAGGGAGGACUCCAACCUGUACAUCAGCGUGAAGCUGAAGGCCGCAGCAGAGAUUGGAAUCAAUGCCAACCACUUGAGGCUGCCAAAAUCUGCCACGGAAGAUGAGGUGCUGCGGAGCAUCAUGGUGGUCAAUGAGAACCCUGCCAUUCAUGGACUCAUUGUCCAGCUACCCCUGGACUCUGUCAACCGCAUAGACACUGAGAAGGUCACCAAUGCUGUGGCUCCGGAAAAGGAUGUGGAUGGUCUGACCAGUAUAAAUGCAGGAAAGCUGGCCCGUGGUGACCUAGGAAACUGCUUCAUCCCCUGCACCCCCAAUGGCUGCAUGGAGCUUAUCAGACAGACAGGUGUGUCGGUGGCGGGGAAGAAGGCAGUGGUGAUUGGCCGCAGCAAGAUCGUAGGAGCGCCCAUGCAUGAUCUGCUGUUGUGGAACCAUGCCACGGUGACCACCUGCCACUCCAAAACAGUAGACCUUGCAGCUGAGGUGAGCAUGGCAGAUAUCUUGGUGGUGGGGGCUGGAAAAGCUGAGAUGGUGAAGGGGGAGUGGGUGAAGCAGGGGGCAGUGGUCAUUGACUGUGGAAUCAACCAUAUCCCAGACAGCACCAAGUCCAAUGGCAAGAGAGUAGUGGGAGAUGUCCACUAUGCAUCCGCUAGGGAGCGAGCAGGAUUUAUCACCCCCGUGCCUGGCGGCGUGGGCCCCAUGACUGUCGCUAUGCUCAUGCAGAACACAGUGCAGAGUGCAAAACGCUUCCUUCAGAUGCACCAAGGGGGAAAGUGGAAUAUCUCUUAUACCAAAUUAAACCUGCAGACACCAGUGCCAAGGGACAUAGUGAUCUCACGCUCCUGUCCACCCAAGCCCAUCGAUCAGCUGGCCAGAGAGGUCGGCUUGCUCUCCGAUGAGGUGGAAAUGUAUGGGAAGACCAAGGCAAAGGUGCAGCUGAGCGUUAUCAAGCGCCUGGAAGGGCACUCUGAUGGGAAAUAUGUUGUGGUGACUGGCAUCACUCCCACACCCCUGGGUGAGGGGAAGAGUACCACCACGGUGGGGCUAGUGCAGGCAAUGGGGGCACACCUCAACCUCAACGCCUUUGCUUGCGUCCGCCAGCCUUCACAGGGCCCCACUUUUGGGAUCAAAGGGGGAGCAGCAGGUGGUGGUUAUUCACAAGUCAUUCCUAUGGAAGAGUUCAACCUCCACCUUACUGGUGACAUCCAUGCCAUCACAGCAGCCAACAACUUGGUGGCUGCUGCCAUCGAUGCACGGGUGUUCCAUGAGGCCACACAAUCCGACAAGGCACUCUUCAGUCGGCUGGUUCCACUUAGUGGCGGACAAAGAAAGUUCUCCCCCAUUCAGCUCAAUCGCCUGAAGAGACUGGGAAUUGAAAAGGUUGACCCCAACACCUUGACCGAGGAGGAGGUAACCCGCUUUGUCCGGCUGGACAUCGAUCCAGAGAGCAUCACCUGGCAAAGAGUGAUGGACACAAAUGACCGGUUCCUGAGAAAGCUCACCAUUGGCCAGUCUUCCACAGAAAAGGGCUUCACAAGGACUACACAGUUUGACAUCUCUGUGGCCAGCGAAAUCAUGGCCGUGCUGGCACUCACAAGCAGCCUGGAGGACAUGCGGAGUCGUCUGGCUAGGAUGGUGGUGGCCACCAGCCGGAGCGGAAAGCCCAUCACCACCGAGGAUCUUGGUGUUAGCGGGGCGCUGACGGUGCUGAUGCGGGAUGCAAUCAAGCCCAACCUGAUGCAGACCUUGGAGGGCACCCCCGUGUUUGUGCAUGCCGGCCCAUUUGCCAACAUCGCCCAUGGCAACUCCUCCAUCCUGGCUGAUAAAAUUGCCUUGAAGCUGGUGGGCCCUGAUGGGUUUGUUGUAACGGAGGCAGGGUUCGGAGCUGAUAUUGGCAUGGAGAAGUUCUUCAACAUCAAGUGCCGAUACUCAGGUCUGCGGCCUCAUGUGGUGGUCCUGGUUGCAACAGUCCGAGCGCUAAAGAUGCACGGGGGUGGACCUACGGUCACUGCUGGGCUAACUCUACCUAAGGAGUAUACUGAGGAGAACCUGGAGCUGCUGGAGAAGGGCUGUUGCAACCUGAGGAAGCAGGUGCAGAAUGCUAUGGCCUUUGGGGUACCUGUGGUGGUGGCUGUCAAUGCCUUUAAGACAGACACGGAUGCUGAGCUAGACCUGGUUUGCCGCCUGGCUAAGUCAGCAGGAGCAUUUGAUGCAGUGCACUGCUCUCACUGGGCCAAGGGGGGCGCUGGUGCCGUUGCAUUGGGACAGGCUGUACAGAAGGCAGCAGAGGCCCCUAGCGACUUCAAGUUCCUCUAUGAUGUUGAGCUGCCUAUUGUCGACAAGAUCAGGAUCAUCGCCCAGAAGAUUUAUGGCGCAGAUGAUGUGGAGCUCCUCCCAGAGGCACAGCACAAGGUGGAGCUGUACACCAAGCAGGGCUUUGGAAAUUUGCCCAUUUGCAUGGCCAAGACCCACCUUUCACUAUCACAUGACUCCGAGAAGAAGGGGGUGCCCACUGGAUUCAUCCUGCCCAUUCGGGAUAUACGUGCUAGUGUGGGUGCCGGGUUCCUGUACCCACUAGUUGGCACGAUGAGCACCAUGCCUGGACUCCCCACCAGGCCUUGUUUCUAUGAUAUUGACCUCGAUCCAGAGACCGAGCAGGUUGAUGGGCUCUUCUGAAAUGAGCACAGCUGAUGGUACAGUUUGGUUCGAUUGACUGGAACAUGGCCUGACCUUCAACUGGAGUGACCUGCAAUUUGCCCAUCAGUACUGUGAUUUUAUUUUUAUUCCUUAUCAGGAGAUGUUUGGUGUGUUAGUUCAGUGACCCAUCCCUGACCAAUUUACAUUUACUACUGAUAACAGACUAAGUCAGAGGUCUUUAGCCUUCAGAAAACAGUUUUUACUAACACAUAUUGCAUUUUCGGAGUUAAACUGCAACCGUUCAAAAGUAAUUAAAUCACAACUGACUGCAAACAAAAAUACCUAUCAUGCUCCCCAAUAUAUGUGACUCCCCCCUCCCCCAGUGUAUGCUAGACCCCUUUAGUAACCCUUUCAUACCAAACAGUGGCUGAACUUCUAACCUUUGAAAUCAUUAAUUACUCAAGUAGGUUGUUAAGAGUUGGGGGGCUCUUUGUGCUGGCUUUGUCUGAGCAGUUUCUACUGCAGACUGCGAGGCCUUGUGAAACAGUUGCCGUAAAGCUUGCCUAUGGUGAGCCCAUCUGGUGUUUAAAAUAAAAAAAAGCCUCUACUCUGUAGUGCCAGCCAAUCAGAUCUUUAGUUGUUUUUCAGUAUUAUUACUCAUCUUUUCUUAAUUGCUUUUGUGUUCUCUAUUUCUGAUUUCUGCGGGACUCUGCCUUAGUCUUGACUGAAUUACUUUAAACUGUACUAAAACUGCCUUCUGAAUUUUUGGGGGGAGAAAUUUAGACCUUUUGUACAGCAAUAGGAAUAAAUCCUAAAUAAUUUGCGAAUGAAAUUGCUGUUUUUGUCCUGUAAUAUUCAUGUUGGUAAUUAUUAUUACAAGUUGGGUUCAGGGACACUCCUGCUAAGUUCAAAUAAGCAUGUAAUGAUGAAGACACUGAUAAAUCUAAACAAACAUACAGCACUGCUCCUCUUCCUAACCUAGAUAAUAAGCCUAUACCUUUGCGCCUUUGCUUAACGUUGGUAAUGUUGGGAUGAUGUUGGUUUAAUAUAUUACAUCUUGGGAAGCCCACAUUAGCCGAGGGCUGCUUGAGGGGACCUGCAAAAUCACAUCUUCUAAAAGCAGUUCUACAAUACUUUGGGGAAACUGCACUAUAUCUUCAGAAGAUAAUUUCCCACUGACCUCCUGGGGAUUUUAUGUUCAGACCGUGCAAAAAGCCUUGUUUGUCUACAUGUCCUUACCCUGCAAAUUACAGUUGCUCCCAAAACACUCAUUUGCAUAGACCUGUGUCAUGUCAGUUUUGGAAGACUAUCAGAUUUAAUAAUUUCUCUUUGCCGAAAUAAAAAUACCCUGGCAUGGAGACACUUUUGGAAGCCUGGGAGUUGCAUAAGAUGUCUGUAUAAUAAGAAUGGGAUGUGUAGAAAAGUGGGUGUGGCAGUGUGUCACUGGGAAAACGCAUGAGACACUUUGCGUCACUGAGGCAUCCGUCAUCCUGCCAAUGCCCUCCCUUCUUUUUUUUUUUAAUUUUGCUCCGUCAAACCCCACCAGCUUGUUGUGAACGUGAGAAAGCUAUCCGUUGACUGCUGAAAUCUAGCAUCAUGUGAGUGUUGCAGAAGUGUCUCUGGUCAUGUUGAAUAUUUCAUCGGGGGGGACACCUCACCUUUCCACCACAGCUGUCAUUGCCGCCAUCGGAAGGAGGGAAAGGGGAAGGAUUUUCUAAUGUUGUCGCUACCUCUCUCUUCAGAGAAUUCCUGUCACGUAGCAUUUAGCACAAUGUCCUCAAAUCUCCGGCCAGCCCUGUGGUUAUAAAACCAUUAAAAUAUAUAUGCAGAGAGAAAGUAGCUUGCUCUCUGAAAAGUGGGUUCUGGUUUGUCAUCAAAUGUAGUCAUUAUAACUAACCAAAGCAGAUGGUCAAGAGCUGCAGAUGGAGGUGACUAGAUCACUUCAUAUCCAAACUAACCACUGACCCCAUUUCUAGCCUAUUUAAUUUCGGAGGUCUGGGUUUGAGUCAAGUCUGAGGAAUGUGAUGCGGAGCAGUCUGGCUCUCAUCUGGGAAGUACUGCAGUUUCCUUUUAGCAUUCUCCAGCCUUAAUUAUUCACUUCGGUGUUUCCCCAGAAAACGGCCCUCUCUUGGUAGCAUCUUCUCUGUGCUGCUCUUUAUGUUCCCAAAAUAAAUACAAAGAACACGUGUUUACACAUUUUACGCAUUUUUAAGAUAAUGUGUUGAAGAAGCAAUGGGAUUAUGUUUAAAAAAAAAAAAAAAUCAAGAAUAUACAAUUGCUGGUCACAAGUUAAGCAACUCGAGCUUCUGGUUUCCUCAUUCCAAAAGAUACUCGGCAUCCUCUCCGCUGCUGUUCCUCUAGGCUGAUGACAAAUUUAUUAAUGCUGGGCUGUGGGUGGGGACUUUUCCAUCAGGCUCUUUAUUCAAAGCCUCUGUGAAACCCAUCAUGUCCCAGCAUUAAAGCAAUUAAUAACCAGUGGAAACUGACCCCCUGCUUGGUCUUGUUCCUCCCUUGCUGUUGACUUUCAGAGGUAUAGAGUGAGAGCACAGUGGCCAGGCUGUUUUUGAAAUUGGAUGAUUUUGGCAAAUUAGACAAAGCAAGCCUGAUGCGUGCUCAUUGAUUUAAUGCAGAAGUGUGCGUCAGAGGAUUAACGCGCGGAUGGCUACUAAUGACCGACGUGGCUCACAGUGUUCCCAAUUUGAUGGUAAUGGAUGAAGAGAACCGUUAUGCAUGUCUUAUUGGAAAUUAUCAAUGAAUGCACAUAGCACAGGAACUAUUGUGAGUGUGGUUAGGCUCUGCCUACUGUCAACAUGUUUUGGUUUGGAAUUGGAUUGACUCCACUUUAUUAUUAGGUUGGUCAGCAAGACUUGGUGCAUCUAUUUUGCAUUAGCUGCAGUGCAGGCUAUGGUGAGUGCAUUAAUACAACUUAAUAUUUGGAUGCCAAGUGUGAGCAUAAAAUAACCAUUGAUGGAAAUUAGUGGGAUUGUCAUCAGUUGUGUGUUUGCAGAUAGACUCGCACAGGAUUACACUGACAGGUAAGAAUGGGGCAACUCUCAAAAACUGGUCCAAAUCCAGUGGAUUAUCCACUGUAUCUUAAAGAAAGUCUUUACACCUUAAUACACUUCAUAGCCCAGUGGACUAAAAUGAUCUAAAUAGUAUGUGUAUGUUUACCAUUCUUUUGUUGCUCGGCCAACACUAGUGCAAAACAAAUUGUAAGUUUCCUUGGUAAAAUGUACAAUGGCACCGCCCAUCCUGAGACCUGAACUGGAAAUUUUCAGGUGUACCCUUAAACACUACGCCACGUCCUCUACUUUUUGAUCCAUAAUGCAUAAAAGUUUGACAGAUUUGAUCUUUUUACAGUGUCAUCACAAAUGAUUGUUUUCCAGCAGAUGGUAAAAGAUGGUUCUGUAUCAGUACCAGCUAGAAAUUGCUCAAGGCGUAGGCAUUAGGCUCAUUUUAAAAGAGUUUUUGUAAUUGUGUCAGUGGGUUUUCUGUGUUUCUUCCUCCUCUUUGCCCCUCCUCUUUUGCUCAAGGGCAUCUUGACAGGAAUAUAACCCUGGAAAAAAGCAAUUUUUGGUGGCUGUGCAAUUUGGAGCUGAUCCGAUAACCAUGCGGACAAACCGCUUUAGUGGAAGCAAAGGGCUGUUCUUGCCGACAGCCUCGCGUGAAUCUCAUUGCUGCUGUCUGAUCUUAGAUAAAGUUAUGGGCAGAGCUCACCUGUCUGGAUUGUGUGGUAGUCACUUGACUUUUACCUUAUUAUUUCAUGUGUGCACAGAAUGUUAUAUUCCAUGACUUUAUUGUUCUGCAAUGGCUGCUUGUAUACAAGUUACUCUGUAUGGCAUUUUUCAUUAAUUCUGAAUACAUGUUCUAAAGAAUGAUCAACACCGUUUUUGUCCAUGUGUACAGAUUCAUACUAGCAGUAAAAUAAUGACAAUUUAGGUCUGAUCUGAUCUGAUGUUGAUUUAUCUUGGUUACUUGGUAGUUUAGUGGAAAUGUUCACCUCUGUUACUCUUCCAUAGCCUUAGGCUUUGAAAGCCCGGGAAAGACUCCCAAACAGAGAUCACUUAGUAAUGAACUUACAAAUAUAAAGCAGUUGACUUUGGUGGGCCAGUAUUAUUAGCCUAGAAAUGAGGUUGGAAAAGCUCAAGGGGUACAGUUUCUAAUUUGUGGUGUAAAGGGGAGCGAUAUUAAUUUUCAAUUGUGAUGGAAUUGAAAAGCCAGGGCAAACGAGAAUGCCCUACUUAGAAUUUCUCAAUGUGUACUUCAGUGUAAAUUGAUGGAACACAGGACAUUCAAAAAGCACACAGCCUUCGCAUUUCUAAUUUUUAUCAUAUUGCAUCAUCAAUCUUAUUGUAAAACCUGCCUGGAGAAGUAGUAAAUAGGCUGCAACAUAUAGCAGGCUUCCGAAACAGUAGCCUUUUCCGAGGAGCAUUUGUCAAUUAGCAUACCUGGCUUCCCUGGUCAUUUUCCCCUGCUUUCCAAUUAAAGGGAUAAAUAUAGGAGUGUUGUAUCUCUGUCACUUAUAGAAAGCACUCAUCUUCUCAAAAACUUUGAGGGUAAAUGUAAUUACAACAUAAAACAUAGGAUAACACUUGCUGUGGAGAAAAA